CUUGGGCAUAAGUGUUUGUGUGUCUCUCUCUCUUAAAUAUACAUAUAUAUGCAGUCACAAAUCACAAUCCCUGCAGAUUAUCUUGCUCAAUCACCAUCCAUCUAAACAAAUUAUUAAAAUGCCUUCGACUCAAUCUAAAUCCUCCCUUCUACUCCAGCGAAUCAAUGAAACGCCUACCACCACCGCCUCCGCCGGCGCCUGCAAGCAAGCAUACAGCCAUCCAGCUGCCGCCCAGGUUCCCGACCAAGUAGCCAGGUACCACACCUACGCCGUCGGCCCCAACCAGUGCUGCUCCGCCGUCAUCCAACACAUCUCCGCUCCCGUCUCCACCGUCUGGUCAGUAGUCCGCCGCUUCGACAACCCACAAGCCUACAAGCACUUCGUCAAGAGCUGCCACGUCAUCCUCGGAAACGGAAACGUCGGUACCGUCCGGGAAGUCCGAGUCAUCUCCGGCCUACCCGCCGUCAGCAGCACCGAGCGUUUGGAAAUUCUGGAUGAUGAGCGCCACAUCAUCAGCUUCAGCGUAGUCGGCGGCGACCACCGAUUAGCUAAUUAUAGAUCUGUCACGACACUACACGCCGCAUCGGACGGCGGCACGGUGGUGGUGGAGUCGUACGUUGUCGAUGUCCCGCAAGGUAACACUAAAGAAGAAACCUGCGUUUUUGUUGAUACGAUUGUGAAAUGUAAUCUUCAAUCGUUGACUCAGAUCACUGAGAAUCUGAUUAGUCAGACGAAGCCCUUAACUCCUCCAUGAAAAAUUUACAAUUCGAAACGCACUGCUCGAUCAGCUCAUAUCAUCAGAGGAAUCCCGGCUGGAUCAAUGUGACUUUUGUAUUAUACUCAUCGUACCAUGAGACGAAGCUUGCUUUUUAUUGUUCGAAGAACAUGUAAUGUUUUUAUGGCCUUGACUUUGAGGUCUGUCGAUUGCCGUUGUGUGUUCAAGAACAAUUUACACUUGAUCUGUG